AUGGCUUCAAACGUUUCCUCCUCGGGGAUUACCACCGAUUCUGCGACCGGGGAACGGUACAUUCCCUCCUCGGUCCGCGCUGAUGGGACCAAGCGUCGCGAAAUCCGCGUGCGCCCAGGAUACAAGCCGCCGGAAGAUGUCGAACUCUACAAGAACCGUGCUGCCGCUGCAUUCAAGAAUCGCGGGAAAGGUGGGGUGCCUGGUGCAGAAGCACUGAGCAGUGGGGAGGACAAGACUACGCCGGGAGCCGGGACUGCCGCAAGCAACAAGAACGCCAAGCGCCGGGAGGCGAAGAAGAAAGCCAAGGAGGAAGGGGAAGAACCUGCUGCCGCCGAGAAGAAGGGCUUCGAGUCAGAGAACUGGCGUGCGUCGGCUGGUAAGAAGGACGAAGAGCCUGCCGACGAACCCGUGGAUAUCGAAGCCGAGAAGGAGAAAAAGGCCCGAAACCUCAAGAAGAAGCUGAGACAGGCGCGGGACCUUCGCGACAAGAAGCAUCAGGGCGAGGCCUUGCUGCCCGAGCAACUGGAGAAGAUCAUCAAGAUCCAAGAACUGGUUCGUCAGCUGGAUUCGCUGGGCUUUGACGCCAAUGGCGACAAGAAAGACACCAACGGUAAAGAGAACGCCUGA